AUGAAUACUUUACCUCCAGCUUUGAGUAUGUGUUGUUUAAAACCAGCAGCAUCUGCUUCUGAAUGGCAAUUACAGGCGGUGUUAUUCAAAGCUAAUCUUAUGCAAUAUUAUGAUGUAUUUAUUUCACAAGGUGGUGAUGAUAUUGAUUACAUAAUGAAAACUGAUGAAAAUGAAUUUUUAGAAAUAAUGUCUCUUGUUGGAAUGGCAUCAAAACCACUUCAUGUUAGGAGAUUUCAAAGAACAUUACAUGAAUUUUCUCAGGAUCGUGAUACCUUUUUAAGGACAGCCGCAAGAGAAUUGACUGUUGCCAUAAUAGCUUCACAAAAUAAUGGAAGUAUGGGUAAUGGAAAUGAUAUUAUAAAUGGUCAUGGAGAGGAAAAUGGUACAAUUAAUUCUUUAUCAUACCUUAUUCCUAAUUUAUUUGGAGGAAAUUUAAAUACUAACACAUUAUCUAAUAUUAACAAUAUAAUAAAUGUUAAUAAUAAUAUUUCAACACCAAUAACAACUAUUAAUAAUGCUAAAGCUUUACUUAAUCAAACAUUAUCCAUUUCAAAUUCAAUAAAUUCCCAAAAUUCAAGAUCAAAUACAUCAACACCAAAUCAUGCUAUGACAAUAAAAAGUUCAUGCUCUUCACCUAUUUCUGUUUGUUCAAAUUCAUCUAAAAAUAUAAUUAAAAAUGGAAUCGUCAUAUCAUCAGGUAAUAGUAAUAAAACAUCAAAUACUUCUGGUAGUUUAACACCCGAAGAAAUGGCAAAUCUAUUUAAAAAUUCAGAUGAUAAUAAUACAUUUUAUAAUACUAUUUCUAUUCAACUAACAAGUGAUGGUUUGUUGUCUGAAUCGGAGACAGACAGUAUAAUGAAAGCGUCUGCCUAUGUCAUACAAAAUUAUACUGAGUCUGGAGUAAAGUUAAAUAAACGAAAAAUAAAAAACGAUUCACUUUUAUCUAAUAGAACAAAUGUUUAUACUAUUGAAGAAUUACGUCGUUCCGGACCACUUUUUUUGUCAUAUAAUGCUAGAAAAGUUCUUCAAGUAUCCGGAAUAGGUAUUGUUGGUGAUAGUUGCAAAAGCAAUCAAAUUGUUGGUGUUAAAAGAACUUAUGAUUCAAUUAAUUACAAUAAUAAUGUUGACAAGAAUUUAAAAAAGAUGUAUGAAGAGGAGAAAGUUACAAGUAAUAAUAUAGAAAGUGGAAUUACCAAAGAUGAUAGUGGAAAUAUUUCAACAGAUGUUAAUAGUAAUACAACAAAAAUGAUUUUAAAUGCUAUAGAAGGUGCUUCAACAAAACAAGAUAUUGAUAUUGAUAAUACAUUAAUAAUAAAUUCAAAUAAAAAAUAG